GAAUGAUCCACCAGAACCAAAAUCAUAUCCUGUUUGGCUUAUAUUUGGAGAGAUUGAAACAGAAACGUCUUUGCAUUUUUACGAGUAAGAUGGAUAGACAAUAAUAACCUUCUUGCUUGCUCUCGUUUAGCAGUUUUAAGACAAGGGUAUAUUAGUAAAUUGAACCGAGAGUACCUGGCUCGUCUUCCACUUCUUGCCACAUUACACAGACACCAUUUCCAAGUAUCCUCAGAUCUUUCUCGAUUUCCGUUGCUUGUUUCUCCUGAAGGCUCGUUGAAAUCCUUGAAAGUAAGAGGAUGGAGAGUGGUGGGCAGUAUGAAAAUGGGCGCUACAAGCCCGAUUACUACAAAGGAACACAAUCUGUGUAGAAUGUGAUGCCGAAAAAGGAGCAACAUAAUGCAUUGGUGAUGAAUAAGAAGAUCAUCUCCAUCCUUGCUGAGAGGGACGCAGCUGUCAAGGAAAGAAACGAAGCGGUUGCAGCAACUAAGGAAGCAUUAGCCUCUCGUGAUGAAGCACUUGAGCAGCGGGACAAAGCUCUCUCUGAAAGAGAUAAUGCUAUCAUGGAGACAGAAAGUGCGUUAAAUGCUCUUCGAUACCGUGAAAACAAUCUUAACUACAUUUUGUCGUGUGCCAAGCGCGGUGGUUCCCAAAGGUUUAUAACUGAAGAAAGCCACUUACCUAAUCCUUCCCCUAUAUCAACUAUUCCACCUGAAGCAGCCAACACGAGACCGACCAAAAGGAAGAAAGAGAGCAAGCAGGGAAAGAAAAUGGGCGAGGAUCUGAACCGUCCAGUUGCUUCUCCCGGAAAGAAAAGCAGAAAGGAUUGGGACAGUAACGAUGUCCUAGUCACGUUCGAUGAGAUGACAAUGCCAGUGCCCAUGUGCACUUGCACCGGGACUGCUCGUCAGUGUUAUAAGUGGGGCAAUGGCGGCUGGCAAUCAUCUUGCUGCACAACCACUUUGUCUGAGUAUCCGCUCCCGCAGAUGCCAAACAAGCGGCAUUCCCGAGUUGGCGGCAGGAAAAUGAGUGGAAGUGUCUUCUCCAGGUUACUUAGUCGUUUAGCUGGUGAAGGGCAUGAGCUUUCCUCUCCGGUUGAUCUCAAGAACUAUUGGGCUAGGCACGGCACCAACCGCUACAUCACUAUCAAGUAACCAAGAUUUAUGAGCCAGUAGCCACUAUAUAUCAAGUAUUGCUCUCUCGUCAUCCCUUUUGAUUUUUUUUUUGUCGCUUUAGAUUUAACAAUUAGGAUCAAAAGUCGAAUGAAAGAUGAAGUUAGGCUCGUUAUUGUUUUUACUGUCGAUAGUUCCGUUAAAAGGCAAAUAUCUAGUAGUACUGUUUUGACUUGGUUUUGUUGUUUUAUGUAAAUAGUUACAUUAUCAUCUACUUUGUAUUAUUGUAAUUUCAAAAUUCGAAAUCUCACCCAUUAAAUCGCAAGAAUUUG